AUGUCAGGCCCAGGUGAUUUCGUAACGGAUAAUCUUGCGUCAGGUGGUGCGGUAUGUGGGACAGCUGUAGCUCCAAGUGGACAAGAAACAUCGAGUAGCGCUACUUCUGUUAAGAAACCCAAGAAGGCAUGUCGUGCCAGAACUGGUUAUAUGUUAUUUCAUGGUGAGGCUAGAAAACGCAUCAGAGCAGCACAUCCUGAAUUGAAUUUUGUUGAAGUGAGCAAACGUGUCGGCGAAGAGUGGGCAAAAGUAUCAGCUGAAGAAAAAAACAAAUACAAAUUACGUGCAGAACAAAUUGCAAAGGAAGCAAAAGAGGAUGACAGUCAAAAAAUCAUUUUGCCGCCUCCAGGAAGGAUUCUCGUUUAUCAAUGCAUGUGGCAAAAAUGUGAUAUCCAAGCGGAUACAUCAGAUGCUCUUUAUGAACAUAUCAAAACUACACACAAUAUGGAAUACUUCUCGCAGGGUGAAAAACGUUAUGCUUGUUUAUGGUCGACAUGUUUCAGAAAUAAGCGAUAUCCAAGAUCGUUUUCACUGCUGCCUCAUUUACAGCAGCAUAUUAAAUACAAACAUUUGCCAAGGUGUGCACGAUUUAUCACACCAGAUAAGAAAAGCAAGAACUUCUUCAGUUUGACAUCAUCUGCACCCACACCUACAACUGAAUCUACGAGUGCAGUGCGAUCAUAUGCACGAAAGACACAUCCUUUGGUCACCCUCCACACACCAUUUGUCUUGCCGUCUUCUCAUGGGCAAAUGCAAAUAGCUCCAGCAUUUAUGAUUCCACAACAGCAGCCCAGUAAUUUUCCACAAGAUGGUUUUGCUUAUGCAUUAAGCGCCAAUCCAUCGGGACAAUCGUUCGCUGAUGGUAGUGUAGCUAUAGCGAUGUUGGAACAUGAGGGAAACAAAGGUCCUACGAAUACGGACUCAUCAGCACUUCAGCAGGCAUUUUACUCAGGACAGCAGUAUUUGCCAAAUUCGAAUAGUGCUUGGACGAUUCCUAACAAAGUUACUCGAUCUCCGGAAUUUAACAACGGAUAA